AUGUUGAAACUCUUAGCUUUUGGAUCGUUAUUGCUGCUAAUAGCGGCCGUUCCUGCUAAGAAUCAGCAGGAAGCGAAUAAUGCGGAACUGGCAACGAAGAAACUUGAAGAGCAAAACUCUGGAAGCCAUGAUGAUGAUGAAAUUAGAGCUGAGUACUUCAUUGAUAGAUGUAAGAUUGAUGCAAAUUACAGUAGUGGUGCAUACCCAGUAAUUGAGGAGGAAAGUGGGAGUCGAGGAGACGAUAGCGAAGGAGAAGAUGAAGAAGAAGGAGAAGAAGAAGCAGCAGACGAAGAAGAAGAAGAAGAAGAAGAAGAUGAUGAUGAUGAUGAUGAUGAUGAUGAUGAUGAUGAUGAUGAUGAUGAAGAGGAAGGAGAAGAAGUAUCGCUAUUAGUACCUAGUACUGAUGGUUGCUUGCCUUUCUCUAAGAGUGCGGAAGCAGAAGCAGCGCCGAUGAGACCAAAACCAAGGAAGAAUUGUACUAAUGUUGGUCUCAGCUCUCUCUCCAGAGGUACGGAAGGAGGAGCAUCGCCGGCCAGGCCUCGUGUAAGAAUCGAUCUCGGUCCUGGAAGACCCCUUGUUUCUGUGAGUACGCAUGUCAUGAGUCAGCGAGACGCUGAUUACUUUGCGCAGUUAUCGGAUGAAAGCAAAGUAUUUGUGUUUAGGAUGCGUUUUGUUUUCGGUUGCGUACCCCUUUCACAGAACUACUACCGGAAUUAG